AGAGCGAUUUUGCAGGGCACGCCCAGCAGAAAGAACAUCCCCUCCCACCGCCAUCACCGACCAACCCAACCCUCCCUCCCUCCCGUCUCCUUCCGUUUCUUCCCUAUCCGGGCUACCAGUCGGCACAGCAGACGUCAGUGGCGAUACGAUACACACAGAUAUUGUUACCCCUUGCUGCUGCUGCUGACUGCCCGUGCUCACGCCGGAGAGAAGACGGCGAGAGAGAGCGAGCGAGCGAGCGAGACGUCGCAGGAGACGCAGCGCGACCGACCUGACUUCAUUCGAUUUGGCUCGAGAGGCUCGCUGCAUCACAACCCGUAUCGGGAAUCCAACCGGGACGGCGCUCAAAUCAAGAUCCGAGGCUCCAUCGCUGCUCGCAAUCGGCGGCGGAGGGGGCGGGGCGGGUAGGGGAGGGGGCGGGGUGGGGGCUGCUAAUUGGGUCGAUCGGAGCCCCCGAGGUUCGAUCUCGGCUUAGGACCGAGCGAGCCGGCCAAGAGACGCGGCAUGGGGUGUCGAACCUACGCGGUCGUUCUCCGCGGCACCUACACGGUAUAACGCGGCGCCGGCCGGGUGCUGCUGUUGGUGGUGGUAGUGGGUGGCUGGUGGGGCCGGAGGUGGUGGUGGUGGUUUUAAUUUUCGGGGUGGUGGGGGGUGAGAGGUUUCGGCACGGAGUGGUAAGAAGCGGCGUCGAAGAAGAAGGAGAGACAGCACGCGCUGUGCGUAGCUCGUGCGCCUAACGGCAACAACAGCUGCGGCAUCAUCUACAGCAGUAGCAGCAGCAGUAGCUUCAACAGCAUCAGCAGCUUCAACAGCAGCAGCCUCAACAACAGCAGCAACAAAAGCAGCAGCAGCUCCAACAGCAACAACAGCAGCUCCAACAGCAACAACAGCAGCCGCAGCUUCUACAUCAACAUCCUCAACAGCAGCAGUUUCAACAACAACAGCAGCGGCGGCAGCAUCAUCAUCGUCGACUGCUGCUGCUGCGGCUGCUGCUGCUGCUGCAGUGGCCGCUUGCCGCGCGGCGCGCGAUGAGGAAAAUCAAGCGCGUGCUGGAUGGACUCACCACGCCGGCGAGCGCGCAGACGGCCAAGCCCGAGAACGAGAUUCACGAACGCCUCGGCUCCGAUCAUUUUCAGCUUUGCAAGACCGUGCGCCAUGGAUUUCCGCACCAGCCAACUGCGCUGGCGUUCGACCCGGUCCAGAAGAUCCUGGCGAUCGGCACGAGGAACGGAGCGCUCCGGCUGUAUCCUUGCCGCCUCCGCCUCCGUCAGCGCUCCAUUCAAUUAGUGGCGCGGGGCUGCGUGCGCGUGCCCGUGCGCGUGCCCGUGCCCGUGCGCGUGCCCGUGCCCGUGCGCGUGUCCCCUGCGCGUCGACUCGACGAGUACUGA